AUGCAGCCGUUCCUCCCCACCUUUUUAACAGACAUGCCACCAGAGACCCCGCGAGAGGGAACACCCCCCGUACCUCCACCGCGACCAUCACAUCUCGCCUUCGACCCCAUAACAGUUCCUACCCCGAAUCCGUUCAAUUUGUUCGAAGGCGCUUCGACGUCUUCCACUCCAGCAGCGACUCAUAAAGGUGUUUCCAUCGCACGGCCUCUACGCCCAAUCCCCCCUCCAGAUUACGUAUCGGAGUGGAACUUUAGUGACAAUCCCAACCAUCAUGCCGAAGAGUUAUCCCCGAUGACCACAGAAAAUGCGGCUCAGGAGAAAGUGAGCCUGGAAGGAACAUCUCCCCGUUUCCUCCCGCCUUCUCCACAGCGCUCAUUGGGCCACACCGAACCAUCCCAGCAUACGUCGCGUAUCAACGACCACAUCCCCAGUGCGUGUUCUGCGGACAGUAUACCCAUCCGAAGUAUACCUGCCCAUUUUACAUUUGUGUAA